AUGGCACCAAAGUAUACCAACAAGCUCGCCAACCAAAGAGUCUUGAUUCUUGGAGCUACCUCAGGAAUCGGUUUCGCCGUGGCUGAAGCUUCAUUCGAGCACGGAGCCAACCUAGUGAUUUCGAGCUCUAACCAGAGCAAGCUCGACAAGACCGUUGCCCGGCUUAAGGAGUCCUACCCAGCUGAAUUCGAGAAGCAGACUAUCACCACUCACGUCUGCGACCUUUCCGAUGUCGCCAACCUGAACACAAACCUGGAAAAGCUCUUCGAAUUUGCUACCAAUGGCGGCACCGAUAAACUGAACCACAUUGUUACGACUGCCGGCGAUGCACUUAAUCUCCCCAAGCUCGCCGAUCUCACGCCCGAUGCUAUGUACAGCGGCAUGACGGUUCGCUACAUCGCACCCGCAAUGAUGGCCAAGUUCAUUCCAAAAUACGUGGUGGACUCGCCAUCUAGCUCCUUCACAUUCACUGGCGGUAUGCGAGGCAAGAAACCCGCUCCGGGCUGGAGUAUGGCUACGGCUAUUUGUGGCGGAAUCGACGGUCUAGCUCGUGGUCUUGCUUUAGAUUUGAAGCCAGUGCGGGUGAAUGUGGUGCAUCCCGGCGCCGUUAAGACUGAGCUGUUUAGCAUGUUCCCUGAAGAGCAGCUGGAGGCUAUGUUGAAGAUUUUCCGGGAUAGUUCGACGACUGGGACUGUUGGGAAGCCGGAGGAUUUGGCGGAGGGUUAUAUUUACCUCAUGAAGGAUGAGUUUGUGACUGGAUCGGUUAUUGAGUCGAAUGGUGGCGCUUUGUUGAAAUAG